GCGCCCAUUAGUUUUCUUCUCUCAAACUCAAACCCUUCUUGCAUCUCCUCUCUCUCAUUCGAAGAUCUCUCGUUUUCAUUCUUUCUUUUUCAAUUUUUUUUUUGUUUUUUUAAAAUUAAAAUACUAAAAUAAUUUACCGGUUUGACAAGUCACCGGUUUUUGAUUCUUUACCAAGAACAGCAAAAUUUGAGUUCAUAUUCUCAAUACACGCAAUUUUCAUUUCCGGAAAAAUUCUUAUUCUUAGGGUUUUCUUUUCCUCUCAUCUUCCUCAUUCUCUCCCUCUUUCACACUCAUUCCAUUUUCACUAUCAACAUUGCUGUCAAAUUGAAUCCUUCAAGCACAAGAUGGAUCGAAAAUCAGAACAUGUUCAUGAGUCUGAUUUUGACUACUAUGAGUAUAGAUAUUACAGUGACUUGAAAGAUGGUUACUAUAGGUUGAAAAUCUCAGGUUCAACAUAUAGGUGUCCAUUCUGUCACAACAAGGAUUAUGACUCUUUGAGUGACCUUCAGAGACAUGCUUCUAGAAUUAUGGAUGACUCGCGUGAGACGGUGAAGGAAAGUGCGAAACAUUCUGCCCUAGAAAGGUACAUUGGUAAAGAGAAGUUUGCUGCUGUUAAAACUGGUCAUGAUAAGUCAACUGCUGUUAAAACUGGUCGAGAUAAGUCCGCUGCUGUUAAAACUGGUCAAGGUAAGUCAGCUGCUGUUAAAACUGGUCGAGAUAACUCAGCUGCUGUUAAAACUGGUCGAGAUAAGUUCGCUGCUGUUAAAACUGCUCAAGAUAAGUCAGCUGGUUCGAGUAUUGCUGUUGAUAAGGAUAGGUCACAUAAUGCUAAUGUUGUUAGGAAUCAGUCAUCUAAUGUGAAUGUUGCUGGUGAUGAAUUGUUUGUCUGGCCAUGGAUGGUAAUUCUGGCAAACAAUGUUACCACAUUUGACCCGAAGAGCGGAAAGCAUGUUGGAAAGAAUCACAAUAAAAUUAAGGAGGAGCUGCUCUUGAAAGGGUUUGAGCCCCUGAAAGUUACUACGCUUUGGAAUGCUAGAGGACAGACACCCUUUGCAAUUGUUGAGUUUGGGAAAGAGUGGGUUGGUUUCCACAAUGCCAUGAAGUUAGAAAGGAGCUUUCAAGCAGAGCAUUGUGGUAAGAAGGAUUACAUGGAUUUAUGGCAGCGGGGUCAUGGAGAUAGACUCUAUGGUUGGAUGGCACGUGCUGACGACUAUCAUAAUGUUAGGGAUAUAGUUGGCAAACACCUCCGGGAUAAUGGGGAUUUGAAAACUGUAUCUGGAAAAGAAGCUGAGGAUGAUAGGAAAGCAAAGAAGCUUGUCUCUGGUUUGGCAAAUACUUUAAUGCUGAAGAACAAGGAAUAUGAACAGGCAGCAAGCAAAUAUCACGAGGCUAGUGAGUACCUGACGAAAGUAAUGGUUGAAAAAGAGGAGAUGGUUGAACAUUUUAAUAACGAAAUAAGCAAGAUAAGGCAGGUUGAACGCGAUUAUCUGGAGAGUUUAUCCAAGGAUCAUGAAAAAGCCAGGCUGGAACUGGAAGCUCGGAGGAAUGAACUUAUGUCCCGUGAAAAGGAUCUGCAGAAGCGUCAAGCAGACAAUCAUAAUGAGAGAGAAAAGCUAUAUCUUGAAAAGAAAAGAAAUGAAAAGGCAAUAGAAGAGCAAAAAAAGGCUGAUGAACAAAUGAUGCAUUUGGCUGAAGAACACAAGAAAGCAAAAGAGAAACUUCACAAGAAAAUUCAUGAACUGGAGAGGGGACUUGAUGCAAAACAAGCAUUAGAAUUGGAAAUUGAACAGCUUAGAGGAGCUAUCCAAGUAAUGAAUCACAUCGGAGAGACUGAUCUGGAAGAGAAGAAAAAACUGGAGGCAAUAAAAAUGGAUCUGCAAGAAAAGGAAGAGGAAUUGGAAGGCGUAGAAGAUCUUCAACAAACACUGGUUGUUCAGGAGCGCAAAACUAAUGACGAGUUGCAAGAUGCCCGCAAAAAAUUAAUAAGUUGGAUUGGCUACCCAAAGACUCGAGCCAUAAUUUCAGUGAAAAGGUUGGGCGAACUUGAUGGUAAGCCAUUUUUGGAAGCAGCUAAGAGAAAGGUUUAUGCUGAAGUGAAUGCAAACGGAGCAACUAAGAGAGAACUUUUCGAUGAAGCAAAAGUCAAAGCACUCCUGUGGUGCACACAGUGGGAUGAAUAUCUUAGGGAUCCUAACUGGCAUCCUUUCAAAAUUGUAAUCGACAAAGAAGGGAAACCCAAGGAAAUUUUAGACGAAGAAGAUGAAAAGCUGAGAAGUUUGAAGGAUGAGUUUGGAGAUGAGGUGCACGAUGCAGUAGCUACAGCUCUAAAGGAGUUAAAUGAGUACAAUCCUAGUGGUAGGUAUGCAAUACCGGAACUUUGGAAUUAUAAAGAAGGAAGGAGGGCUUUAUUGAAGGAGGGUGUUUCCCAUUUACUAAAGCAAUGGAAGCUAUUGAAACCCAAUACUAAGCGAAAGAGAACCUGAGGCUUAAUUUGGGUGAAGAACUUAGAAUUAGACUUAUAUGCAGAAAGGUUAAUAUAAAUUCUAGCUCUAAUAGACUUGGUACGGAUCAAAAUUAUAUUGCCAAUUGUUGGUGGUGAUACUUCGUAUAAUUGUUUUAUGUAUUCACAACAUUGUCUCUACUUUUCCUUGGAUGCCAGGUUUCAUAACAAUAUAUAAUGCUAAUAUUAUAUAUACUUUUUUAGCAGAUAAUGUAUGAUUUUUGGGUUAAAACUUUAAAACAGGUUUGAUGUUUGAAAUUGUUGAUUACUGCAA